AUGUCACAUUCGCAAGCCACCUCAAAGAAGGAGGAGGAGGAAGAGAUUCCACCCCCGGAGCGGCCGCCAUCACCCGCACCGCACACCACUCUCGCUGUACGAGGACUCCAUGCCCCCAACUUCUCCGCAUUCCGGCCUCGCGAGUUCUUCCGGGCCACAACGCUCCAGCCUAUGAGCCAUGUCGCCUGGAGCUGCGACGGUAGAAAGCUCGGCGCUGUGGGCAUCGACAAGAUUGCGCGAGUGUGGCAGUCCGACAAGAGUCUCGAACAACGAACCUCGACCAACUUCACUGGCGGUCACAGCGACGACAUCGACUAUAUUGCAUGGAGUCCCGUGCACCCAGAGCUGUUCUGUACAUCCAGUCAGAAGGAUAGGAGGAUCGUGUUCUGGGAUGGUCGACAAAGUCGGUCUGUGCAGUCGAUACAGCUCAAGGUCCCACCUGCGCAAGUCAUCUACGCGCCUGAUGGGAAGUCUAUCUUGUACUGUUCCACCACAAGACAAAUAGGGAUUUUGCGGUUUGGGAGUCAAGGAGAGGGUGCAAAAGACGCUUGGCCGCAGUCGACCGCCACCACCGCACUAUUCAACUUCGCCGGCGACGCGCUCGUGCUGACACAACACGCGGAGCAACAAGUGCGCAUCGUGGAAUACCCGAGCCUGAACAACCUGCACGUCAUGCCCGCCCAUGUGCAGGGCGUGACCGCCGCGGCCCUGGACCCACGCGGAAGGUACCUCGCGUCCGGGGGCAACGACUCCAUCGUAAAUUUGUUUGACGUCUCCUCGUGGAUAUGCGCGCGCACGAUCGCGGUCUGCAACCACGGCAUCAACGCGCUCAGCUUCUCGCACGACGGCGAGUUCAUCGCGAUCGCGAACCAGGGGAACUACAUCGACAUCUGCGAGGUGGAGACCGGCAUGCCGCUGCACCGUGUCCCGACGCUGGGCCCCGUGGCGACAGUCACCUGGCACUCGUCGAAGCACCUCAUCGCAUACUGCGGCCAAACAAAACCCAAGGAGGGGAACCCCACCCCGGUGGCAUGGAUCGGAAUUUUUGGCCCUGGAUCUUGA